CAUGCGUAAAACUAACCCACAGUACAUUGCGGUCACUCUACGUAACCAAAACACAAGAGAUAAGGGUUGACUGAAGUGAAGAGCGUUACUCCCAUCUAUCACGGCGUUGUAAGCAUCAUUUUUAGCAAAGAAGGAAUUCUUCAACUUAAAAGUAACUGGUAGAAGUGCCUUUAUCCCCAUGUUAGCUCUAUUUACACGCAGUUGUCGUGAAACGGGUCGACGGGUUAUGCCGUUACGUCAUGUUAUGCAACGUCUGGUUUCCUCCGCGGCCGUUUCUUAUGUUCAGGGACAGUCACCAUCUCCAAAAGUUCGAGAGUACUUUUAUUACAUUGAUCACCAAGGACAGGUAAUAACCACUCAUGAUUACAGUUUUUGUUGUAUGUCAGUUGUGUUUUCCCAGCUUAACGUUUUACCCCCUUGACCUAACCCAGCUGGUGGAGGGGGGAAUGGGUACUAGCGGGAAGGGCCGCCCCUACCAAACCCCUCAGUCCGUCACAGAUGGACACUUGGGUUGGUGAUGUGCAUCCAGAGUCGUUCUUUUACAUCCCAUGUGAAUAAAAUCAGUGAAGGUGUUGUGAGAUAUGGCCAGAGCUGUCACUAGGCUAGGAGCACUUAAUAACACUUGUCAGAAACAACCUCUUAUGAGUUUCUCUCAGAAUUCAACUGAUGACAGGUUCUUAAAAUUAAGUUGAUCUUUACGUUUUUACUGUACUGAAAUUGAAUCAGAUUCAACUUCAAAAAGCCUUAGCCUGUGUCACAGACGGAACUAAAUUUCUGCAAAGUCCUUCUGCAAAACAGCACUGAAAUCCUUGUUCUGGGCCCUCACCUGUCUGCCAAGGUUUGCGUAUGCACCAUGAUUGGCUCGUUAAAAAAGCCAUUGUGGAAUUGCAAUCAGAUUUUAGAGAAAUUCGAAAUGCAUUUCCAGUAAUUCCUUGAGUCUUCUUAUUGCCCAGAACUAGGAUAUUAGCAUUGCUUCAUAGAUGUUACCAACUGGCAUUAGAUUACAUCUGUGACACAGGCUAAUUACUGAAAUUACAGGCUUAUUACUGAAAACAGUGCUUGAAGAGAUUAAGAAUAGCAUGUUCUGGACUCCUCUAUAUCGCGGCAACACCUCUCAUUCACAGACAUUUCAUUUAAUUUUCCAAAGAUGUCCAACUCGCAACAACUUCAUACAACCCUUACCUAAAAACCCCUACCUCUGUAAUUAAUAUGGGAAUCUAUGUAGAUGUCCAUAUGGCUUAGCCACUUUGGAGUCAGUAUUAAUAAAGUUUGAUCAUUACUAAAUAAUAUACUGAAGUAUUUGAAGUUUGAAGGUAUAAUAUGUUUAAAUCCAAUGAUAAAGUUGAUCAUUUUUUUUUCUACAUGUCUUUCAGUUAUUCCUUGAUGACACCAAAGUGAAGAACUUUAUUACCUGCUUUAAAGGUACAUGUACAAGUCAGUUUGUAUCCAUAAAAUUAGUCCAUGUUGCAGAUGUAACCUAUCUCUGGUUAACCACGUCUGCAAAGCAGUACCAAGAUCCUUGUUUUGGGUCCCUAAUGGAUUCAAUGAAUUACCAGCAGUGCUUUUUGAAUUUCCCCUUAAACCUGAUUACAGUGGCGAAUCCAGGGGAGGGGCCCACCCCCCCUUAUAUUUGGACCAAACUGAGGCCCAAAAGGCCAAAAAAAUUCUUUUGGGAGACAGCCCUCCCCCCUUAUCUUAGGGUCUGAAUGACAGGGCCCCCUGCUUAUUUCAAUGUCUGUAUCCGGCACUGGAUUAACCAAUUGAACCAUGGCUUUUUUUAUCAAGCCAACCGUGGUGUGGAAUCAAAUCCUGAUACACGGUUAGGGCAAAGAACAAGAAUUGCAGCACCAGCUGACAGAUGGACUUAACAGGAGGUCUAGUUUUGUCUUUAAUGCUGUCUAUCGUAAAAUUAUUAGCAACAUAUCUCAUUUAUUUUCCACAGCCUUAUAUUAUUUCAAAACUGAUAUAACUGAGUUCACCAUUUCUUUGAAUUUUUAGACAAACAGUUUCUCAAGUUUUUCUUCAAGAGAUUGAAACAAAACCAGACAACAAGAUACACAGAGGAUUUCCCAUUUGUUUCCCCGUGCGGCAAGGAAAUGAACUACAUUCGCUGUGAUGAUUUACCAGUUGUUUUUGCAACAAUCAUCGAAGAUUCCGAUGUCAGUGCUAACCAGUCUCCAGGAUUGUUGACUUACAGUGGUAUUGGCGAUAAUUUAACAUUUCCAUUUCAACCAGAAAAGAUCUGUAUGCUACCAGAGAGUGGGAGAAUUUAUCAUCCAGGUCCUGAGAAAGUUGGUGGUGUUGCGCUCAUCAAGUCCAGCCUUGCCAUCGAAUUGAGCCCUUAUUUUGAGUACAGGAAGGGAAACCAAGAUAGUGACCCACCGACACAUUUCAAUUGGAAAGGAAUAUGUCAUGAGUUGGACAAUUCAAUGUGGAAAUGUCUCAGAUCAGCCGAGAUUGACGAGCUAAUUAAGAGAACAACUAACUAAUUUAUUCUAUUGCAUGGAAUUUCAGCAGAAUCUGUUUGCCAUGUCAACAGGGUCUGGAAGGGUGGUCUUAAUACCGCAUCGCGUCCCGAAAUUCAGUCAUCUCUAUUCCUGCUUCCCAAGUAGUUUUCAAAGCCCGUAUCUCGUUUAGAAAUUUUGUAUUUUCCCGAAUCACGCGCUAUAUCACAGUCAAAUCCCGAAUCCCACUUUCCGAGUAGCAGUCAAAUCCCGUACCCCAUCAAGAAAUUUUGCAUUUUCCCGAUUCUCGCGCUGUAUUUCAGUUAAAUCGCGGAUCCCGAUUCCCGAGUAGCAAUCAAAUCCCGUCCGUAUAUCGUCAAGAAAUUUUGCGUUUUCUCGAAACCCGCUCUAUAUUUGAGUCAAAUCCCGGAUCCUGCUUCCCAAGUAGCAAUCAAAUCACGUAUCUCUUCAAGAAACUUUGCGUUUUCCCUGAUCUCGCGCUAUGUUUCGUCAAAUUCCGGAUCCCGAGAAUGCCUUUCCAAACCUGGUUAAAUGAGAGGACAGUAUCUCUCUGGACGUCAAAGCAGUUUAACAUUUGUUCUUAGUCUUAAUGAAUACAUUAACAUUGAAACAAGUCAGUUUUUGUUUUUACAAACUUUGGAUCUCGCGCUUUCUCUGAUCUGACGCAAAAGAAGCAACUCGCGCUGUUCGCAUACCCAGCAAUUUUUUCUUUUACCAAGCUCGUAAAAAUGGGGAAAAUAAAAACUAUAACGUUAGACAAAAUAUGAUCCCUUGGUAAGCUGAAUACGAACUCAAUUCAGCGUUACCAGAAACUCAUAAGUGCGUUACAGCAAUACAUUUGUUUUUAAAUUCAUUAACAGCUUUAGGGACAUACGAUAUCACAAUUAAGGCUAAAAAUGUGUGUAACGUUUUAACAGAACCGACCUUUUGAUUGUUUUCACUUGAAACAGUGUGAAAUAGAAAAUCAUAUUUUCUCCGACCUCAUAGGAGAUUUAUUAUCGUUUCCUUGGAGAUUUCCAUUCGUUUUUGCCUCUUAGCAACGGUGACACUGGCAGCUCCGAAUCAGCCAAUCAGGGCGUGUUAAUUUGAUUUGAAGGGCUGUCGUCAGCUUUAAAUGACGCAAACAAUGGCGCGUACACGCGGGUAUAACAGGCGUGUACUCGUCAGAACCAGUCAGUUUGUUGCUAACGAGUGCUAUUCAGACUUAUGUCACUUUGGUGAUCAAUAUAUUCAUUAUGGGUUGUGCUAUGAGUAAGAAAUGCCUGCGGCGCCUACCAAAGAAGCAAAAGGUGAGCAGAUAUGAAGUGUUGAUAAAAUGGUG